AGAUCGAUGUACGUCUCGUGUAUUGCCUGUAUUUUUGUUUGCCCUGCUAACGUGUGUGCUACUGCUUUCGCCUUCACUGCUAGGGCAACAAUGUUGCGUACGCUCUCGCUGGUGAAGGGAAGAGGAUGUCGCCCGACGAAGCUCCCAAUCGAACACUACAAGUGCUCUCUCUCUCGAAAAAGACAACAACCGACACUCUUCGUAAAGAGUACGAGAAAUUCGGCAUGGUGGAGAAUGCUUUUGUGGUCUGGGAUCAUGCAAAAAACGAGAACAAAGGCUACGGUUUCGUUACGUAUCGCGCGAAGGCCGGGGCUGACAACGCGUUGAAGUCUCCUGCGAUGAAGAUCGAUAGCCACGAUGUCGUUCACGCUCUGGCUAGUGAAGGAAAUAUGCACCACCUGAAAGAAGCGAAUGCUCGGUCGCUGAUAGUUCGUCACAUCUCAAGGUCAAAAACUACCGAGGAAUCUCUUCGCGAAACAUUUGAACAGUUCGGUGAAGUGGAGAGUACUCAUGUGGUGCGGGAUACAGAGACAGGGGAGAGCAAAGGCUUCGGUUUCGUUACUUUCCGCGAGAAAGCAGCAGCCUUACAGGUUCCGCAGAAAUCGAUCAAGCUCCAUGGAAAGAAGGUCUUGUGCUUGCCGAGAAUGGCCCGCCGCUAAUGGCAUGCACCUUUCAUCACGUUCCCAAGUACCCAACCAUGCAGUGGUUCGGUUUGGUUGGUAACCGGACGCGUUCGUUAGGCCGGAGCCCCUUUCUCAAAGUGUACCUUCACGAUCCGCCUUUCAGAGGGCAAGGCGGCGGCUAUAACGUUGCCUAUAGAUUUUUCAAGACUUCCUUAGUGAAGAUGC